AUGUUGAAAAAAAACAUUAAUCCAAGUAUUAGCAACAGAAUAGGAAAUGAACCUGUGAGUCCUGAACAGUUGAUACAAAUCUCGCAGUCUAAACAAAUGAAAACACAGUACAUGAGACAAUACAUGAAACGAAAACGAGUUAAUACAACACAGAGCCCUGAGUCGAAGGAAAAGAAAAGGCAAUACAUGAAGGAAUACAGGAAACGAAAACGGGAAGUAUACAGGAAGAAAAAAAGUCCUGAAGUUGAACCACUACUACAAAGUUUAAUAUCCAAAUUUCAUGAUAUUGUCUCACAAGGUCCUCUUUAUAUUUGCACAUGUUGUGACCAAUUAUGGUACAAGCAUAGUGUCAUCCCUGCUGCAUCACUAAAGGAAAGUAAUCCUGAUGCUCAAAAGAGAUUAUAA